AUGUCAUAAUUACCAAAAAUUUGUAAACAAUGAAACUUUGUGCUGAAAAAGAAAUUUUGGAGAAAAUAUUGAUUGUAAAUUAAAAGUUAACAAUGCAAAUGUAUAUAGUGCCUUUAGCUUGGUCUUCUAAGAAAUCUGCGAUAUUAAGAGUUUGUUUUGCCUAAUAAUUUUUAAGUGAUUAAGUAAAAAAACCUACAUAUUACAAAUUUAUCUUGGAUUUUUAUAUAUAUUCACCACUUUUUAUGUUGAUAUACCAAAUCAUUGACUAUGCAUAUUUGUCGACUAAAAUUUUGUGGAUUUUAUUAAAAUGUUGUCAAGAAAAAAUAAGGACUUACGCACGAUUAAAGAGGGGGUUGUUGGCAAAUAUGUUAAGAAAGAUACUCCACCAGAGAUGCCUAUUAUUAAUGUUUGGACUACCGAACCAAAGAGACGAAAUUCUAAUCAAACUAGAUCUUCAUUUCCUCCUAAUACUGUUAGCAGUGCUUCGCAAGUCACUGUGCAGAAAUUUGGCAACCAGAAAACAACAAUUAGUGAUGUUGGCCUUGGCGCCCAUGAAGGAAAGUAUACUCCAAGUGCUUCAGUGCCUGAUUUGGCUACCAGAUUUGCCAACCUCUCCGUUGGCAAUUCAAGUGAUAGUAGCGCCGCCUUAGCAACAAACUUUGUAAAUCAAAACGUUAAUUCACCUCAACCCAUAUACAUGAACCAACACUUUGGAGCUUCAUUUACUGAUAAUUCAGCAAGUAAUGCAAAUUACGUAGAUAUAGACCAGAUAUAUCCGCUAACACAAGACAAUAAUGGUGCCUAUAAGGAUACGAAUUACAACCGUACUCAUUCGCCAAUAUAUCAAAAUACUAGCAAAAAUUCAGUUGUACCACUUUCAAACCAAGAUACUACCCCUAUAUACAGCAAUACCAAUUUGGAGAGAUACAGAAGCCAAUCUCAGGGUAUGUCAUAUGGAGAGUCUUUAGCGCAUCAUUUAAGACAUAGUCUUAGAAGAUCUGAAAAUACUCAAGAGCAAUCAGAAGAGCUGCCAUUACCUCCGGGAUGGUCUGUUGACUAUACCCUUAGAGGAAGAAAGUACUAUAUAGAUCAUAAUACUAAAACAACACAUUGGUCUCACCCAUUAGAAAGAGAAGGUCUGCCCACAGGAUGGCAGUGUAUACAGUCUCCUAUUUAUGGAGUAUACUAUGUAAAUCAUAUAACUCGUCGAGCCCAAUAUGAGCAUCCCUGUUUAGUGCCAUGUUUCAGUUAUCCUCCAGAGUCUUAUACGCGGUAUGUUCUGCCAAGACCUACCCAUUAUCAACCUCACAGUGUAUUAGUUCCUGCCAACCCAUAUUUAUUAGAGGAAAUACCGCAUUGGCUUAAUGUGUAUUUUAAAACAAGUACAGAAUUGGAUCAUAAACUACGUUGGGAUAUGUUUCGACUUUCUGAACUUGAGUGCUAUAAUGCCAUGCUUACUAGAUUAUAUAAACAAGAAUUACAAAAUAUUGUUAUGCGAUAUGAAUCUUACAGAUCUGCAUUAAUGGUAGAAAUGGAAAAGUUUAGAGUAAAUCGAAAUAACCCUAGGGCUGUGACUGGACAGUAAUACAACGUUCCUUUGUAAAUUA